AUGUUCACAAGGCGGAGAGUAUAUUCCGAUCUCAGGCUGGAUCGUCCGUGCAUCUUCCUCCCGGCCACUCGACCCGGCGAGGCAAGCACUACGGUAACAGGGAAACUCAGUCUUUAUCUUCCCCAAAAUGUCUCGAUUCAGAAGAUACAUGUUAAAUUGAAAGGCAUAUUGAAGAUACCAUGCCAAGAGUACUUUUCAAAAUCUUUCCAGGGUGCACUCACCUUUGAACAGACGCAGGUCCUAGCCACCUCAAAGAAAAGCGGAUCGUUCCAGCUGUCUGCAGGAAAAUAUGAGUUUCCUUUUGAAUUCUGUUUAGAAAGAGGCAUGGGAGAGAGUCUUAUGGGACCCGGCCAUCAAUACCAUGCUUACGAGGUAUGCGGCGUCAUCACACGGCAGUUUGGAGGCGAUUCGGUGAUCACAACUCCUCUCCAAAUAUAUUACACACCUUCUCAAUUCAUGGAUGAUCUAUGGGGGCUAUCACCAGUGUCUAUUGACAAUUACUGGGAGGGAAGAGUCCACUAUAACAUUUCAAUCCCCAAUCGAGACAUCCCUUUUGGCUCGAUCUUUCCGGUCAACCUCUGGUUUGUCCCGUUAAGCAAAAGCAUUACGCUCAAGACUAUAACAAUAGAGGUUGAAGAGCAGCAUAUUCUCCGGAUCACGCCCAGCGCAGCCGACUCUAUCAGAUACAACUCUGCUUUCUUUCGCGCGAAGCGCAACCACAUUAUCUUUAGGGAGGUCUACGGCGUGGAGGACUAUGUCACCACAGAAUCAGACAUCUCCGAUGUGGAAUGGUCCACCACAAAAUCGGUUCAUUUGCCCCAAGAUCUGAAAGCCUGCACUCAGCGGGUCGACUUAGAUGAGAUCAAAGUAUCCCAUUCCUUGAAAAUUAUAAUUGAGAUGCAAGAUACCGACGGUCGAAUACCCAAGAUCAUCGGGUGUAUCCCGUUUAAUAUCUACAUGUCGCCUCAAAAUAUACUGGAGAAUGGUGAUGUGUACCAGCGUGACCUGCGAGAGCCUCAAGAUGACAAAACAAUGACCCCACCCUUGUAUGGAGAUCAUCUUGGCGAUUGCAGGAUACCAGACCAUUCAUCCGACCCUCAGACCGUUUUUAUGAUUGCGCAAUAA